ACAUGAUGGCUUCCUCUAAUCCAACAUCGUCAGGAACUGGGACAGCUGGGAGUCGAAGUAACAAGCUGAGUCGACUUCGUGAGCUUCAGCUGAGAAGGAAUGAAGCCAGGAAGCUGAAUCACAAGGAAGUUGUGGAAGAAGAUAGACGGAAGAAUCUUCCCAAGAAUCAUGAAGCAAAGCGGAAGCGAGUUGAGUGGGAAGAGGAAGAUGAGAAGAAAAGAAAGGAGGCCGUAUCAAAGGGCGAAGAUUAUGACAGAGUGAAACUCCUGGAUGUUGGUGCAGACCAGGCUGAACGUUGGGACAGAAUGAAGAAGAAGAAGAAUCCAGACAUUGGAUUUUCAGACUAUGAAGCAGCUACAGCCCGUCAGUACCAGAGAUUGACGAAACAGAUCAAACCGAAUAUGACAGACUAUGAAAUAGAAAGAGAGAAAAAAGGUGAUGAAGCAUUCUACCCAACUGUUGAUACUUUGGUAGGGGGUCACAAGGACACGCCAGACGCCAUUGACAGGAUGGUUGGUGACCUGGAAAAACAGAUUGACAAACGGAGCAAAUUCAGUCGAAGGCGUGGCUUUGAUGAGGAAGCUGAUAUCGACUACAUCAAUGAGAGAAACAUGAGGUUCAACAAGAAACUGGAACGAUUCUAUGGAACAUACACAACAGAGAUAAAACAGAAUCUUGAAAGAGGAACUGCUGUAUAGAUGUUCUGUGUGAACUUCAAACUCUACCCGAGUGGUAUGGGAAUUCAACUGAGCAACUCUGUCUGUGCUCAGAGAAUUACGUUGUCCACACGGCAGACAUUUCGAUUAUUUGAUAUUUGGGAUAGUUAGUGCUAUUUUGGACACAUAUGGGUCUUGAUUUGCACUAAAACAAUGUCCAGUUCAUCACAAAAUACUUCAUAUGUAGAAGUAUUUCUAUAAGUCUUAUUAUAAGAAGGAUUUAGGCAGAACUUGCUGUGUCGACUGGUUUUCUCAAACCAGUCCUUUGUGAGCAACUUGUGUAAAAAUUAAAUAAUCGAUGGUGUUUAUGUAAUGUAUAUAAAGUACUGUAAUAAAUGAAUUGGUAAAUACUAAUA